GACUUGGAUUAUGUCGGUUCUUUGUUGUUUUUACGCCCAAAGUGGCGCAUCUUCGACGCGGAUUUCAUCAUGGCUAAUGCAGCCUCUCGUGCUGUGCGUCUUUGUCAUGACCGUUGCGCGCGGGCAGGUCCGUUAUUCUGUUCCAGAGGAGAUGACAAAGGGCUCGCUGGUGGGAAAUAUCGUUCAGGAUCUCGGUUUGGAUGUAAAGAGGCUGAAAUCUGGUCGAGCGCGGAUCUUUACGGAGGACAGUCGUGAGUACAUCGGUCUGAAUGUGGAUAAAGGGACUCUGCUAGUGAAAGAGAGGAUAGAUAGAGAGGAGCUGUGCGCCCAAGUGUCUCCCUGCUCAUUACAUUUUCAGAUCAUUCUAGAAAAUCCAAUUGAGCUCCAUAGAAUCGAUGUGGAAAUAUUAGAUAUCAAUGAUCAUGCUCCAGUUUUUGUUAGAAAGGAAAUAAGCUUUCAAAUUAGUGAGUUGGCUGUUCCUGGAGCAAAAUUUUCUUUAGAUAAUGCGCAAGAUUCUGAUGUGGGUUUAAAUACCCUUCAGAAAUACACACUCAAUCCGACUGAUCAUUUUUCUCUGAAAGAACAGAUGGGUAAUGAUGGAUUGAAAUAUGUUGAAAUGAUUCUACAAAAAACACUAGAUAGAGAAACUCAAGAGGAGCAUAAAUUAAUAUUGACGGCGUUUGAUGGCGGCAGUCCUCAGAAAUCAGGCACUAUUAAAAUAAGUGUUCUUGUAAUCGACGCAAAUGACAAUGCUCCUGUGUUUAGUCUCCCCGUGUAUAGAGUUUCCUUAUUAGAGAAUUCAGCAAAGGGCACUGAUGUUGUGAGCGUGACUGCAACUGAUAAAGACAAAGGCACGAAUGCUGAAAUGGCGUAUUCCUUCUCACAAACAUCAGGAAAGGCUUUAGAACUGUUCAGUAUAGAUUCACAAAGUGGUGACAUUAUUGUUAACGGUGACCUGGAUUUCGAGAAGUCAAAACAUUUUCAAUUGCAUGUUGAAGCAACAGAUAAAGGUGGCUUAACAGAUUCCAGUAAAGUUAUUAUCGAAUUAAUUGACGUUAAUGACAAUGCACCCAUGAUAAGCGUAAUUUCGUUUUCUAACCCAAUACCCGAGGACGCAGCGCCAGAGACUGUGAUAGCGAUGCUGAAUGUCAAAGAUUUCGAUUCAGGGAGAAACGGACAGGUUAAAUGUUCUAUUGCUCCAAAUUUGCCAUUCAAAAUACAGUCAUCCACCUCAAAUUUCUAUAGUGUGACAACCGAUCAAUUAUUAGACCGUGAAAAAAUAUCCGAAUAUAAUAUCACAAUAACAGCUAUUGAUGAGGGCUCACCCUCUUUCUCUACGAAUAAAACACUGACUCUGAAAAUCUCCGAUGUCAAUGACAACGCCCCUGUGUUUCAGCGUCAGUCAUACACCACGUAG